AUGACUGGUAUCGGAGGUGCUAACAAGUUGUGCUAUAGAUUGUCAUUCUUUGAAGACGGAACUGCACCCGAAGACAGGUGGAUGAUUUUUCCUGACAAGGGUCACGUUGUAGCUUCUACUUAUAAUGUGGUGGUUGUCCUCCUAUCCCAACUUCAAUGCCUUACGUUCCUUCCACUCCAUUCUCGUCCUCCAUCAUCAGACAAAAUAAGGGUUCUUGGAAUUGGACUCGUGAAUGGAGAUCACUUCGUUGAUCUAAAAGCAUGUUUCCCCGUGCCACCUAUUGCCAACAAUUGGUUCAAAUUUCGAUGGGAGGAGGCCAAUGAAUGGGAGACACUUUUUUCUGCCCAAAUAGAAGCAUUUAAAGCCAUAAUAGGAAGUGAUGUAGCAACCGCUGAGUCGAUUAACCAUUUACAAGCCGAAAUUUGUAUAAUAUUUCAGCACUUGGAUACCGAAUCAUUGGAUGGAGCAGGUUGGGGUGGCUCAGGCCUCUUGCACAGCAACAAGGCACAACUGCCUAUUAUUGCAAGACCCGGAGAGGGUACGUCAAGGGAAGUGAAGGGAGCUGCACACACCUUCACAGCUAUAGGAGCAUCGACGUGA